AUGGCUAACAAAAUGACCUCCAUGCCCGACUUUAAAACCUACCGAACGAGCGUGAAAAUUGGCAACUGGAACGAGGAGCAGCACUUGGAAGAGCAUGUAAGGAACAAGUACCUGCGUAAAAGAGAAAAUGGCGAGCUGACUGCCCAGAGAGUUGACUUCCUCAAGAACAACAUCCUCACUCCGGUGAAACUGAGCGUGACUAAUGAUGGUGCGCUGCAUUUUGGAGAUGUUGUGAUGUUGGUGAACGUCAGUGAAGUGGGCGAGUGUUAUGCGCUCGGCAUCAACGCGUACAUUGACAACAUGAUCAAGGUUCCUUCUCCUGGAAUUAAAGGUCCAUGUGGAGUCAGUGCGGGGAGAAGCAUUCAGCCCUCUGCACGCACGGCAUUCACUAUAACCAGUGUGGAUGGCACUCCUGAAGGAGCGACUCUGCAUUAUGAGCAAAGUUUUGCCCUGAAAACAGCAAAUGGCUUCACCGGGGGUCUAUAUUUGACGAGUGACGCGCGAACGUUUCGAAAAAACGCAUUGAGGUCACGUCUUCAGGAGGUCAACCUGGACGCAAACGAAAGCUUCCUAUCCUGGUGGAAGAUGGUGCACUUUGACCCCCAGGAGAGGCUUGAGCACGAGGGCCUGCCUGUACCCGCCAAUGUUAAUGUGGUCCUCCUCCACUGCAAGACACACCAGGCCCUGGCUGUUAUGGAGCAUCUCAUUCUUGGGACCACAUACGGCAAUGAAUUUGAAGUGACAGCUCAUACUUUCUUGGAUGGACAUAAAGCUGAAAAGUCUAAUAACCACUGGAUCCUGUGCACCGCUGACCCAGCAGGGGAGGGCCUGCUGCUUCUCAAUCGCCUCAAGUUAGAGGGCAACUGCAUAUCGUUGCCCGGAGAAAGCCCAGACGGUCCAACAGAGUAUAUCACAUGUAGUGUGUGUAAUUAUAGAGAACACAGGUAA